AUGGGCAACUGCUGCAGGAAAUCCGUAUCGUCGACGGCGGUGUGGGCCGACGACGAUUGGGAAACCCUCGGUGACGACAAUCAUAAGAUGGUCCUGUUCGACGCCGACGCCGGCGAGGACCACCACGGCGUUGUCGGCGUCAGCGGAGGAGGAGGAGAAGGCGAUGACGACGAUUCUUCUUCUUCGGCGUCGGGGAGGGAGGUGAAGAUAAAAGUGUCGAGGAGGGAGCUGGAGGAGCUGAUGUCGAGAGUCGAGAUGCAAGGCUUGUCGUCCGAACAGAUUCUGGCGAGGCUGAUCAGUUCCGCCGGCGCCGCCGGCUUGUUUGCCGACGAGGAUGAUCACCACCGGCACUGGAGGCCCGUGCUGCAGAGCAUCCCGGAGGUCUAG